AUGGCAGCCCCGGCCCAGCCGUCCCGUGCAAGUGACGGACAUCGGCCCAGCCCGCCCGUCCCGUGGCAAGUGACGGACAUCGCCCGCCCGCCCCGGGACCCACCCCCGGGCAGGCCCGGCACGCCCGUCCCGUGGACCCACGGCAGGCCCGGCCCGCCCAUCCCGUGGCAAGACACGGACAUCUCCCGCCAGACCGGGGACCCACGGAGGCCCCGCCCGCCUCCCGUGGGCAGUGGACAUCCCCCGCCCCGGGCACGGGACCCACGGCCGGAGGACCACGGAGGCCCGGACCGCCUGCCCGUCCCGGGGCACGUUGUGGCGGACAUCGCCCGGCCUGCCCGCCCGCCCCGGGGACCCACGACAGGCCCGACCCGCCCACCCAGUUCCGCCCAUCCCGGGACAUCUGGCAGACAUUGCCCGCCCGCCUGCCCCAGGACCCACGGCAGGCCCAACCCGCCCUCCCAUCCCAGGGCACCUGGCGGACCAUCGCCCGCCUGCCGCCCCGGGACCCACGACAGGCGUGGCCCGCCCACCCACCCGUCCCGGGGCACCUGGCAGAACAUCGCCCGCCCCUCCCCGACCAGCCCCGCCCCCCUGCACCUGACGGGACCCCUGCAGGCCCAAACCCCGCCCGCCCAUCCCAGGGAACCUGGCGGACAUUGCCAGCCUGCCCGCCCCGGGGAAACCCCACGGACAGCCCAAAAAACCCACCCGCCCAUACCAGGGCACCCGGCGGACAUCGCCCGCCUGCCCAGCCCCGGGACCCACGGCAGGCCCGGCCUGCCAACCCGCUCGUCCCGGGCACCUGGCGGACAUCCGCCCGCCUGCUGCCCGCCCCGGGACCCCCGGCAUGCCCUGCCGCCAAACAUCCGCCGUCCGGGGCAACGCUUCGGGACAUCGCCUGCCCGCCCCCGGGAAACCCCACGGCAGGCCCCCCCGGCCCCCCGCCAAGGUCCCACCCCCGGGGGCCCCACCUUGGCGAACAUCCCGCCCGCCCCUGCCCGCCCCGGGAACCCCACGGGGCAGGCCAGCCCCCGCCCAACCCGACCCCGUCCCCCCGGGGCAACCCUGGCCGCCAUCGCCCGCCCCCUUCCCCCGCCCACCCCGGGAAACCCACGGCAGGCCCGGCCCGCCCAACCCGCCCAUCCCACGGCACCUGGCGACCAUUUCCCCCCCCCGCCCGCUGACCCCGCCCCGGGACCCACGGCAGGCCCCCCGGCCCCGCCACCCCGCCAUCCCCCCACCCACCACGGCACCUGGCGGACAUUCAAGCUCGCCCUGCCCGCCCCGGGAACCCACCCCCCGGCAGGCCCGCCCGCCCCCAACCCACCCGUCCGGGGCCACCUGGGCGGACCCGAUCGCGCUGCCCGCCCCGGGACCCACGGCCCGGCCGCCCACCCGCCCGCCCCUGGGCAUCUGGCGGACAUCGCUCGCCCGCCCGUCCCGGGGCACCUGGCGGACAUCGCCCGCCUGCCCGCCCGCCCCGGGAACCACGACAGGCCCGGCCUGCCCACCAGCCCGUCCCUGGGCACCUGGCGGACAUCGCCCGCCUGCCCACCCCGGGACACACGGCAGGCCCAACCCGCCCGCCCAUCCCAGGGCACCUGGCGGACAUCGCCCGCCUGCCCCGGGACCAACUGGCAGGCAAGGCCCACCAGUUCCUACACACAACAACACCUUUCCUAUUACUUAGAAUCAGAAUAUGCCACUUAUUCCUCUCAAUUCUCCUGGGGCUUCUCUCAAUCCUCUACUUCUGAAUCCUCUCCUUCUUCUCCUGGCAUCUCCUCCACCAAUCCUACUCAAUCCUCUCAAUGCUUAUGGGGCUUGUCCUAA